ACGCUCAGUAUUAACAUGUACUUUGCUUCUUUGUAUUCGUCGCUCUUUGCAUGUACCUGGCCUCACCCAGAAGUCCAUCAGGAAGAAGAGGAGGAAAAGCCAAAACCCAAACCAACUGCUCCCAAAAUCCCAGAUGGAGAGAAAGUUGACUUUGAUGACAUCCAUAAAAAGAGACAGAACAAAGAUCUGAGUGAGCUGCAAGGCCUGAUUGAUCUUCACUUUGAGAAUAGGAAGAAGGAGGAAGAGGAACUGACUGCACUGAUGGACCGGAUUGAAAAAAGACGGGCAGAAAGAUCUGAACAGCAAAGAAUCCGUGCGGAGAAAGAAAAGGACCGUCAGAAUAGGCAGGCAGAGGAGAAAGUACGAAGGGAGGAGGAUGAUAUUCGAAGAAGGGCUGAUGAUGAUGCCAAGAAGAAGAAGGCUUUGACUAGCAUGGGUGCUCAAUACAGCAGCUACCUUGCAAGGGCUGACCAGAAGAGAGGCAAGAAGCAGACUGGGAGGGAAACAAAGAAGAAGAUCCUCGCAGAAAGACGUAAGGCACUGAACAUUGAUCAUCUGAAUGAAGACAAGCUCAGAGAGAAAGCAAAGGAGCUCCAUGAUUGGCUGUGCCAGCUAGAAUCGGAAAGAUUCGAUAUGGGCGAGAAGCUGAAGAGGCAGAAGUAUGAGAUUACCACAGCCAGAAAUCGCAUUGAUGAACUUCAAAAGCACAGCAAGAAAGGUGCUGGGAAGGGCAAGGUGGGAGGCCGCUGGAAGUAAGCGGCUGGAGAGAUGUCUUCUGUUGCAGUGUGACCCAACUUCGUUGCCUCAUCCUUGGAUUCCUGCCAGGUGUAUCUUAAGUGGCAAGAGGCUCUGCAGCACCAGGAGAUCCACGGCUUUGAAACAAUCACCGAGUCAUCUGUGGCUCGACAUUGCACAUUGGAUCUACGACAAUUGUCCCUUUACCUACUGUAUUAAUAUACGGCCCAUCCUCCUCCUUGUUUUUGUAAAUAAAAAAUGGCAUCUAACUUA